CAGAACACUGAAUUAAUUUGCAUCCUCUUUUAAGCGCGAUUUUAACGCCUGUCGAGAAGUUUCCGUCUCAUUUCCAUACGAGUCCGUCGCGAGGGCAUCCAUCAUUUUCUUCAACAAAGCAGAGUUUACUAAAGCUUCACAAAAAUGCCCUUCUCUAAAGUGAUGCCGGCUCUAGCCAGAGCAAAACCUGAUCAAUUAUUCGGAAUGAGAUUGCGCUCCACGGUCGCGUCCACGCAGCGCAAGGAGCUGAAAUCAGAAGAAGCGCAGCUGGAUUCCUCGUGCGCUUUAGUGGAGACUCGGGAUGUCAUCAACGGAGCCAAAGCGCACAGAAGCAGCCAGCCGAAGAUCUCCAUCGAUUUUGACAACACACAAGAAGCGUACAAAAGUAAAGACACACUGGAGCUGUUCAGAAGUCUGCUGGUAUUUAAACUAUGCUCUGUUGACUUCCUGGUCGAUAAAAACAAAGAGCUGAUGUUUUUGAGUAAGAAGGUUCUUGGCCAGCGGCUUUUCGAAAAACUGAUGAAGAUGACUUUCUACGGGCAGUUUGUGGCAGGCGAGGACCAGGACAGCAUCAAGCCCUUGAUCGAGAAGAACCAAGCGUUUGGGGUCGGCUCGGUUCUGGACUACAGCGUAGAGGAAGAUCUGACCCAGGAGGAAGCUGAGAAGAAAGAGAUGGACUCGUGUGUCUCUGAAGCUGAGAAAGAGAAUCAUGCGGAAACCAGCAUUUACACGGCUCAGCAUACUGAAUGUAUGGAUCAUCGUGAGAAGAAGUACAAAGCUCAUCGUCAGUUUGGAGAUCGACGUGGAGGGGUGAUCAGCGCUCGGACGUAUUUCUAUGCAGAUGAGGCCAAAUGUGAUCAUCACAUGGAAACCUUCAUCAACUGUAUUAAAGCUUCGGCCGGAAGUUCAGUCGAUGGAUUUUCUGCUAUUAAGAUGACCGCGUUGGGACGGCCGCAAUUCUUGCUUCAGUUCUCAGAGGUGCUGGUGAAGUGGAGGAGGUUCUUUAAUCUGUUAGCAGCACAUCAGGGGUUGGACGGGAUGGCUUUACUGGAACAGAAACUGGAACUGGAAAAACUGCAGGACAGUUUGAUCAAACUAGGAGUUGGCGCUAAACCAGACAUUGAGAACUGGUUUACUGGAGAGAAACUGGGCUCAUCUGGAACCAUUGAUCUGCUAGACUGGAACAGUCUUAUUAAUGACACAACCAUAAUCUCCAACCUGCUCGUGGUGCCCAACAUGGAGACGGGUCACCUGGAGCCUCUGUUGAGUAAGUUCACUGAUGAAGAGGAGAAGCAGAUGAAGAGGAUGCUACAGAGGAUGGAUGUUCUGGCCAAGCACGCUGUGGAGAACGGUGUGAGAUUGAUGGUGGACGCAGAGCAGACGUAUUUCCAGCCAGCGAUCAGCAGACUGACCCUGGAGAUGCAAAGGAUCUUUAAUAGAGAAAAGCCCAACAUCUUUAACACCUACCAGUGUUACCUUAAAGAGGCGUAUGAUAAUGUGUCAGUAGAUGUGGAGCUCUCGCGUCGUGAGGGCUGGUACUUCGGUGCCAAGCUGGUUCGUGGAGCAUACAUGUAUCAGGAGAGAUCCCGUGCAGCAGAAAUCGGUUACGAAGAUCCCAUUAACCCCGAUUAUGAAGCCACCAACAGAAUGUACCACAAGUGUUUGGAAUACGUGCUGGAAGAGAUUCAUCUCAAUAAGGCGGCAAAUGUCAUGGUGGCAUCUCACAAUGAGGAUACAGUCAAAUUCACCCUAGAAAAGAUGAAUGAGAUGGGUCUCUCUCCAACAGAGAAUAAAGUUUACUUUGGGCAGCUGCUGGGAAUGUGUGACCAGAUCAGCUUUCCAUUGGGUCAGGCAGGAUUUCCGGUGUACAAGUACGUUCCUUACGGUCCGGUGAAUGAGGUCAUCCCUUACCUGUCACGCAGAGCGCAGGAGAACCGCGGCAUCAUGAAGGGUUCUCAGAGAGAACGAAGUCUGCUGUGGAAAGAAAUCCAACGCAGACUCUUCAAUGGACAACUGCUUUACAAACCCGUAUACUAAACCAAACCCGCACGACUGUAUUUAAACAACACGAUAUCUAAAUAACUCAAUCGGUACUUAGAAACUUCAGUUUUUAAGCUUCAGAGGACACCGAUCACUAACCUGCUCUCGCAUACUAUUCAAAAAGUGGAGAGGAACUAAGUGCUAAUCUGACCUGGCUUUUCCCAGUUUUCACUGCCAGUCUAUUAUUAUGGUAUACAGUCUGAUAAACCCAUCCACAAACUGCAUGUGAUAAACAAAAUGAACUGUAAUUUGUUGCCAUCAGAUGACUCUUUCUGUCAAAGUAGGUGGUUCUUGGACAAAUGAAGCUGCAAAUAUUGACUACGUGAGACGGUGUCCCCAUUGGCAGACAUUGUUAAGUGAAUACGAAAGUUCUGGAGGACUAUCGUGUAGGAUUUGACUUUAACCGAUUGGUUUGUGAAAGUGAAAAGGUUGGAAAUGUUAUGAUGUCAAUGAUCAUACUGUUAUCUUUACCCACCCAUGAGACCUCUGGUUACAUCAGCAGAACAGAAAUGUUGUCACAGAGGCGGUGUCAGUUUUGUUGAAAGAUAAUGAAUACUACUGAAUUGUGCCUAGAAAAAAGACCUGGGACUUUUUGUAAGAUGGUAAAGAGGGUCGAUUUUGAGUUCAUGCCGUAUUUAGAUAAGAUUUUAAUCAUUCCACUUUAACUUCACUAGAGGGCAGUGUAAAACAACUCUCAAGACUCUUGGCCUUAUUUUGGCCGUAGCUGUAUCCCUUCUAGCCAUAACUGGUUAUGUUCGGCAUAGGGUACUUGUGUUUUACUCAUACUGUUUUUGCACAGUGCAUACAGUUUUCAUUAUGCAAGUUUGCUAUAUUCCAUCUAUAUGCCAAAAUACACAAUAUAUAGCACAAUGUACUAUACCACAAUGUAUUGUGCUUAACCUUUCAUUUCAAACAUGUGAUGAAUGAACUGGAAAAAUACUCUUUUUCUUUACUCAUUAUGUGACUGAACGGUUAAAUGUUAAGACAGUUUAUCACAACAAUUGCAAAAUUGCAGUAUAUAUUUUUUUAGACGGUAGCACCAAAUGAAUGAAGGUUUCUUUAAAAAAAAAGAUUGUCUUUUAUAAUGUUUGUAUAUAGACAUUAGACAGUAAUACUUUAUGUAUUAUUUAGUGUCUUUAUGAAUGAAGUAUGUUUAAACUUCAAUCCACUGACCGGUUCAAAGCAUUUUAGCACUGAAUAUUAUGGCUACUAAUGUAAAUUAGGUUGUGUUUUUGCUUAUUCAAAAACAAAAUGCUGCUUAAAUGUAAGUUUUGGUUUAAGUUUAAGACGAAGUGUGUAUGUGAAUAUUUUAAUUGUAUGCAUUAUUUACUUAUCUAUUUUUAAAAAGUAAAUACUGCAUAUUGACAGCGCACAUUACUCUGGUCAGGGUAAUUUUAGGCUGUUUUGCACUGUUUUAAACUUUCAACAUGAAAAUAAAAUAUGGAUGGCUGUAUAUAAAAAUGUUAAUAAACAUAUUAUUACAAAAGUC